AUGCGAGUAUGUGGAUGUAAAAAUGGCGGGACUUGUGUCCAAUUAACUGAUGGUUCUGGUAAAUGUGCCUGCCCUGUCCCUUACGGCGGAUUGAACUGUGAACUGGCGUGUCCACCGCAGUUUGAGGUUACGUUCAGGACAAGUUGCUACAGUUUCAACAUAGCACUGAAAGGCAACUUCUACCAGGCUAAAGCCCACUGCGAGUCAAUGGGAGCGAGGCUUGUCGCCGUUGACGAUGAAGAGGAGCACACCUUUAUUAGACAAUAUAUUAUGGCCGACGAAGCUCGCAACGCCACCUCCUGGUUUACUGCAGCAACAGAUGAAGCCUCUGAAGGUACCUGGGUAUUGUCCGGAUGGGGCGACAUUCCAGCACCGUUUACUGCAUGGGGCCCAGGUGAACCAAAUAGCAAAGGGGGCAAUCAAGACUGUGUACAAUACUAUAAAACCACCAAGCUUUUUGAUGACGUUCAAUGCAGUUAUAGUAUUAACUUUAUAUGUGAAACAGAAGCGACCUAGACAACGACGCAUACUGAAAAAAUAUAUACAGGAUAUAAUCCGCAUGGGAAGGAACCAAUAUUAGCACAAUAAUACAAUCUUUUUGUAUCUCAUUUUAUUCGUACCUUAUAUAUUCAAGAAAUGUAUGGUUGGUAAAUUAAAUUUCUUGUAAACUAUGGUUUGUUGACUUCGGCUUACAGAUUGGCUCUCCGUAAGAGAACACAAAAUGGUCAAAUAACUAAGGAUUUUUCCAACGAGCCCUUGGUGAAUUAGUCACAGGGAAAAUAUGGAAACGUCAUCAUACUUAAAGGGCAACAUGGAUACGUUGUAGCAUGUUUUACGCUUUCAAGAUAAUUUAUGAAAUUUCUUCCGAUGCUGUUAAGGUUGUCAAUUCAGGUUAUGAGAUCAACGUUUUUAUGCUGCCUGCUGUCAAAUUUAUACCUACGGAUACUUUUUCUAACGUCAACACUGCUGCUCUCUCCGUCAUUUCCUUAUGUUACACCAUCCAUUUGUAAUGAAGACAUUUCUAAUCGGAUUGCUCUUUUUGAUGACUACAUGUACCGUUACAUGGAUGGAAUUCUAUGGUUUUGUAUACAAAUGCAUCUUUCUUUUAAUCGGCUCACACAUGCAAACAAGAAUUGUAAUAUUUUUCCUUAGGGUAAUCUUCAAUGUUCGUGGCCGCCCUAAAUCUAUAUUAAAUGAAACCUUGGCUGUCUGAACAGGUACUUAUAUACGUGACGUACCGGUAUCUUAUGCUUGUGCGCUUCCAGUAUUACAUGCCGUGUACGUUUUCAUUAAAUUUCGUCAUAUCAGGAAGAACUUUUGCUUACAUUUAGUCUGUCAAAUAUUUAGCCGUCAUUCAAGUCAGUGUGGACUGCAUUAAUAAGCUAAUAUAUUUGCAUCAUCCAUCGUGUCCCGAGUAAAUUUUAUUUACAUUUUAUCUAAUAGAGGGUGUUUUUUGUCAUGGUUUAUGGCUUCUGGAUCCUGUUCAGCAACCAGAUGGUAUAUCUUCUUCUGUUUGGAUGUUGUAUAUUUUUGUCGUGUGCCGAUGUAGCGUCUUUCUGAAAUCCUGUAUGAAAUGUACAUAUUAUGACGUUUAUGAUAUAGCAUAUCUUUGCAGUG